GGCUGAGCUGCUGUCGUAACGGGCUCGACAAGUCCCUGAGAGACUGCGGAAGGCGAAAAUACGAGUCUGCCCUGAAGGCAGCAUUCUCGUCUGUGUUGCGUUGGUUGCGACGCGUUCUUGUCAUCCAAAUGUAAGAGGACACCGCUUCCUGGUGCGGACUAAUAGAAAUGGACUGAUGAGACGGAGAGAGAGAGAAGGUAGUGCUGCCCGAGUCGGUGUGAUCUGCUGUGAUUUUACGAGUCUGCGGGAGAAACGGAACACAAGCGACACAAGAGUCCAUCGCAGGAAUGUCGACCGUAAACAAAGCGGCAGAGGAUGGCGGCUCCUUCUCCUCAAAGGUCAUCAACAUCGUGUUUAUCAUCCUGCUGCUGGACCUGCUGGGAUUUACACUGAUUCUACCUCUGCUGCCUUCCAUUCUGGACCACUACGCACAAACAGGGGAUGCCGUGUAUCAGUCUCUGCAGAGUGUUGUGGAUUGGUUCAGGGAGGCCGUGGGGAUUCCCCUGGAGAAGAAAUACAACACUGUCCUGUUUGGAGGUCUGAUCGGGUCGCUGUUCUCUCUGCUGCAGUUCCUGAUGUCACCUUUAACCGGCGCUCUCUCAGACCGACAUGGCAGACGACCCAUGCUCCUUCUCACUACAUUGGGGCUGAUGUCCUCCUACGCGGUCUGGGCCAUUUCCCGGAGCUUCAGCAUGUUCCUUUUGUUUCGAGUAAUUGGGGGCGUUUGUAAGGGCAACGUCAGCCUCUGCACUGCCAUCGUUGCCGACCUGCCUUGCCCAAAAGCACGGAACCGAGGGAUGGCCAUGAUCGGCAUCGCCUUCUCUGUGGGCUUCACUGUGGGACCUCUGAUGGGCGCCUACUUUGCUGUCAGCUCCAGAGCAACAGGAAAUGUCUUCUUCCAGACUCCAGCUCUGCUCGCUCUGGCCUUUAGUGCUGCUGAUCUGCUCUUCAUUUGGCUCAUGCUGCCAGAGACGCUCACAAAGGACGUCAAGGCGUCAUCUUCAGGCUUCGGGGACUCCAGGGACCUUCUGCACCCACUGUCCUUAUUCCAUUUUUCAGCUGUUACCCGGGUGAAAGAUCCACCUGCAACAAAAAGAAUGCUGAAGCUUCAAGUGUUGGGCCUGGUUUAUUUCUGCUACCUCUUCCUGUUCUCCGGUCUCGAGUUUACGCUCAGUUUUCUGACUCACCAACGCUUCCAGUUUACAAGUAUGCAGCAAGGAAAGAUGUUCUUCUUCAUUGGUGUCAUCAUGGCUUUGAUCCAGGGUGGAUAUGCCCGCAGAAUAAAGCCCGGGCACCAUAUCAAGGCUGUUCGUACGGCGAUCAUAGCAUUAAUCCCGGCGUUUGUUCUCAUCGGGCUGUCAUGGAAUAUAACAAUGCUUUAUGUCGGGCUGGCGUUAUACUCAUUCGCGGCUGCAAUAGUAGUCCCAUGCUUGUCUACGCUCGUUUCUGACCACGGCUCGGCCAGUCAGAAGGGCACAGUGAUGGGGAUUCUGCGUAGUUUGGGCGCUCUGGCCAGAGCACUGGGACCAGUGGUGUCGUCCUCCGUUUACUGGAUAGCUGGAGCUCAGACCUGUUUUCUCCUCACAUCAGCCUCUUUCAUUAUCCCCCUGGCUCUCCUGAGAAUAGCUGGGAGGCUAAAAGAGGAGUGAGACACGCAAAGACUUUUGGAUGUUCGGUAGAUUUAAUGAAUGUUUUAUAUAUUUACAUCUGCCUGGAGAACAAGCACUACUUAAUACGUCGACAUGAACAAAAAAAUAAUAAUAAUAAUAAUAAAAAGAUGCCAAGGACCGUCUCAUGAAGCAAUACAUAUCACAAGAUAAUGAUGCACCUGCCACAACAGAGGGACGUUAUUGGCUGGGCUACAAAUAACAUUUGUUCUUGUGAAACAUGGAUAUCAUUUUAUACUGCUAUAUUUUAUGAAUCACUCAGAUUUUGUAUUUUACAAAAGGAGCAUUUUAUUUUAGUUGUCUAUAAAAAUGUGGAUAUUCUAUUUUCUUGUACAAAGAAUAAACGAGAAAGUCAACAUCUGUC